AUGGCAGAAGAAGAACAAUGUAAUCAAUUUAAAAAAUAUCAAGAUUAUUUUGAAAAACAAAGUGAUCUUAUGAAAAAAUAUGAUGAAACAUUAUUUGAUAGAUGGCUUCAUGGAGAAAAAGGUGUUAUUGAUCAACCACCACAACAUCAAGGAGAAAGAAGAUGUAUUGAUUUUAAUUGUUGUCAUUCAGAAAUGGAUUCAACAUAUUCUAUGUAUUGUCAAACAAGUAGAAUUAAUUAUUGUCAUCAACAUUAUUCAUAUACUAGAUAUCUUCAACCACCAAUAUUAUGUACUUCAAAUCCAGGAAUUAAUAUAACUACAAAAUUUGUACAUACAUCAAUUAAUAAAAAUAAAACACCAGUUUAUUGUAUGAGAUGGACUCCUGAUGGAAGAAGAAUUGUUACUGGGAAUGAAAAAGGAGAAUUUACAUUUUGGAAUGGUCUUCAAUUUAAUUUUGCAUGUUUAAGUGGAGCACAUGAUACAGCUGUAAGAUGUAUGACAUGGAGUCAUAGUGGAGGACAUAUGGUAAGUGGAGAACAAGGAAGUAAUGGAAGUAGUAGUAUUAUUUAUUGGAAUCCAUCACUUGCACCUGUUGUUACUCUUAAAACAGCACAUAGUGAACUUAUUAGAGAAGUAAGUUUUUCACCUAAUGAUCUUAGAUUUGCAAGUUGUAGUGAUGAUAAAACAAUUGGAAUUUGGGAUUUUAAUAAACAAAUUUGUGAAAUUAGAUUUGAUGAAAGUGAAAAUGCAGUUUAUUCUGUUGAUUGGCAUCCAACAGAAUCUCUUUUACUUAGUAGUUCUAAAGGAAAAGUAAGAAUAUGGGAUCCAAGAUUAAAAGAAAAAGUAGGUAUGUUUUCUCCUCAUAAAACUGAAAUUAAUAAAGUUAGAUGGAAUAAAAAUGGAAAAUGGUUUUUAACUUGUUCUAAAGAUUUUAAAAUAAUUUUACAUGAUAUUCGUAUGUUUAAUAAACCAUUAAUGAUUUUUGAAAAACAUAUGAAAGAUGUUACAAUUGUUAAUUGGCAUCCAAUUCAAGAAGAUUUCUUUGUUUCUGGUGGUGCAAAUGGUGUUAUUUAUUUUUGGGAUACUGAACAUUCUAAACCUAUUGGUGAAAUUCCUGUUGCUCAUGAUGGUGCAAUUUGGGAUUUACAAUGGCAUCCUGUUGGUCAUUUAUUAGCUUCUUGUGCUCAUGAUCAAACUACUAAAUUUUGGAGUAGAGAUAGAUGUGGAGAUUCUUUAGAAAUUAAAAAAUAUCAAGGAACAAAUAGAGAUUAUGAUCCAAUCAUUCCUAUGUAUGAUGAUGAUCUUGAACAACCUUAUCUUGCUCCUAUAUUUAUUCCAAAUCAAAUUAAUCCUUCUCGUAUUAAUGGUUUUCAUGAUAUUUAA